AUGCCCUACAAUAACACUCCGAUUGCGCCCAACAAGGAAAUUACCGGCCAUGUGUCGCUUCCAUUGGCACGCGUGCAGAAGAUCAUUCAAGCGGACCCAGAGCGCAUCACAACUUCCAAGAACGCAGCCUUUGCCAUCGCACUCGCCACAGAAAUGUUCAUCCAGCACCUCGCAACUACAACCUACAAUGUCGUAAAAGCCGAGCGCAAGCCUCGUCGCAACAUCCAGUACCGUGAUGUCAGCAGCGCCGUAGCAAAGACGGAUAAUCUCGAGUUUCUCGUCGAUGUCGCACCCAAGACAAGCACAUGGGGCACUGUAAGGAAGAGGAUCGAGGAAAAGGAGAAGGAAGACGCAAAGAGGAAGGAGAAGGAGGGGAAGAAAGAUACUCUAGCAAAUGGCCAGGCAAAACUGGGUGCGCCUGUAGAGACGGUGGAAGGAGAUAUUGCAGACAAGAUCCAAACACCUGAGACUGGCGCCGCUACUGUUUCGCAGUCACCAGACAAGCCAGAGGAGACACCCGACGCUAUGGAAGUCGAUCAGGGAGUAGACCGUGUUGCGGACAGUGAGCCAGAGGAAGACGCUGCGGCCAUGCAAAUCGAGAUGGAGAUGCGCGGUCCACCAAGCCAGCCCGUACCGGCCGAGAACAAGCCUGCCAGUCCAGUAGUUAGGCGGCCGACAGGAGGGUUCACGGCUAUUAAUGGCAACAAGUAA